AUGGGUUUCUUCGACUUCAUCGAGGCAAGAGACGCCCGCGACCAACUAUACUCCAACGACGACCGCCCUUCCUCCAAACCCAACCUCGGCCACGAGAUCCUCGGCGGCGCGGCAGCCUUUGAAGCGAUGCACCUCUGGGAAAAGGAACAACGCCGCAAAGGCGAGCCAGUCUCCCACGGCUUUGCCAAGGAAGCGCUUGCUGCCAUGGCGGGCGCGGAAGCCGACAAGCUAUGGGAGAGGCACCAUGGCCGGGAUGGGGGGAAUGAAAGAGACAGGGAGCGGGGGAGGGAGCAUGCUAGGCGGCAAGUGGAGGAGCUGUAUGAUCAGCAGUAUGGGGAAAGGGAUGAAUGGAAUCCGAACCAUGAGAUUCAUGAGUCGAUGAGAUUUUCUGGGUAUUGA